UAUGUUUUACAAAUAAAUGGAACCAUUCUUUAUGUAUUAGAGCAUCAAUUCCAUAAGUAAUCUGCAGGAUCUAGCAUCAUGAUCUUACCAAGUUCUCUAAUCUGAGUGCUCAAAGAAUUGCAUUUAUUAUUGGUUGCAUAUUUCAUUGUCAUUGAUUUUUGGGAUCAAUAUUAGUGUGAAAUAUACUUUUCAUUUAGAUUUUUUGUCAUGCAAGUAUAUUAUAUUUGCUACUAACUAUUUUAUAUUUUUAUUUUCUUUUACAAAAUUUACAUGUUUUCUUUUAUAAACCGUACUAGCUAUUACCUUGGCUGUGCAAUAUUGCUCUCUCUUCCUUACAUUCUCAAAAUCCAAUCACUCACUCAUUCAUUUCCUGUUUUCUGAUCAUCGUACCAUGGCUGAAGCACUUCUUUCUGGCUCCAUUAACGUUGUUCUUGACAGGCUCAUUUCACCUGAGUUUGUCAACUUGGUGGUGGGCAAGAAGCUAGACCAGGAGUUGGUUGAGAGGCUGAAGACUGCUAUCUUGGCUGCCAAAGCUCUGGCUGCUGACGCUGAGCAGAAGCAGUAUGCAAACGAACUUGUGAGAAAAUGGCUUGAUAGUUUCAAGGAUGCUCUCUACACUGCUAAUAAUUUGCUGGACGCUGUCCUCACCAAAGCCGCCUCUCAAAAGGUGGUAUGUUUCUGGCGCUUUAACUUCCUCAACCCUGAAGGUAGGCAGACAGUAGAUAAGAUGCAAGAGGUGGUUGAAAGAAUAGAAGAUCUUCAGAAACGCAAAGAUACCCUUGGUCUCAAAGAGAUUCCAACGCAUAGCUCCUCAUCAUGGAGACCUUCAUCCACAAGUGCUCUUGUCCAGGAGAAUGUGUUCGGCAGGGAUGGUGAUCAACAGGCACUAAUCAAGAUGCUCAAUGACAAUAAUGAUCAUAACUUGUCCGUCAUCUCUAUUGUUGGUAUGGGCGGUGUUGGUAAAACUACUUUAGCACAAUGCCUGUACAACAAUGAUGAUUUGAUGAGGGGGUUUGAUCUAAAAGCAUGGACUUGUGUUUCUGAAAAUUUUGAUGUUGUUGAGACUACAAAGAAUCUUAUAAAGGGGAUCGCUUCAGGUAUUUGUAGUCUUGACAGCUUCGAUUUAAUUCAACAAGAUUUGAAGGAAAAACUGUCAGAAAAGAAGUUCUUCAUUGUUUUGGACGAUGCUUGGAGUGAAGAUGCUGACAAGUGGAAUAGUUUUCUUUCCCCUUUUCAACAUGCGAGAAAAGGAAGCACUAUUCUUCUAACUACCCGCAUGGAAAAUGUUGGUCCAAUAGUCCAAAAUUGUAAAUGUUACUUUCUCAAGGGACUGUCAAGUGAUGACUGUUGGUCUAUUUUUGUGUCCAAUUCUCAAAUAAGUGGGAGUUCAAUACUCGAAGGAAUAGGUAGAGAGAUUGUCGAGAAGUGUGAUGGCUUGCCGUUAGCUGUAGAAACACUUGGACGCUUGUUGCGCUCAAAUCAUGAUGUCGCGGAGUGGAAUAAAAUACUAUCAAGUGAUAUUUGGGAACUUCCUCAGGAAAAUGGUAAGAUUGUUCCUGCAUUGUUAUUAAGUUAUCAUCAACUGCGUGAACAAUCAAAAGGCUGUUUCAUUUAUUGCUCGUUGUUUCCAAAAGAUUAUUAUUUUGAUAAAGAUGAACUAAUCUUGCUGUGGAUGGCUGAAAACAUUUUACAAUCACCAAGAAGAGGAAAGACUUUAGAAGAAGUUGGUUACAUGUGUUUUAAUGAACUAGUUUCCAGAUUAUUUUUCAGAAAAGUUGAAUUUCAUCACAAUUAUUUUGUGAUGCACGAUCUGUUCCAUGACUUAGCCAUACAUCUUGCUGGAGAAUUCUAUUGCAACUUGGAAAAACUUGAUGAAGAAGAGGAGAUACAUUUUCAGACUCGGCAUUUGUCAUUUGGAAGAUUGAAUAGUCGUAAUUCCAUUGCUAUGUUGGAAAAUCUAUCGACAUGCUUGUAUGUCGACGAUUUGUUUAGCAUGGAAAGCAUAGCAUCAAAUUUAAAAAACUUGAGAGUUUUAUCCUGUUGUAGACUUGAUGUAUUGCCUGAUGUAAUAGGCAAAUUGAUUCAUCUACGCUAUUUGAAUUUCUCUUGGACAAAUAUUAAGACAUUGCCAGAGUCGUUAUGCAACUUGUAUAAUCUACAAACAUUAAUAUUGUAUGAAUGUACUAAGUUGACCAUGUUGCCUAGUGGCACGCACAAGCUUGUGAAUUUACGGCAUCUUGAUGUUAGAAAAACUGCUUUGAAAGAAAUGCCCAGAAGAAUAAGCCAAUUGAAAGUCUUGCAAUUUUUAAGUAGCUUUGUUGUGGGCAAGCAGGAAGAUAACGGAAUCCAAGAAGUAGGAGGGCUUGCAAAUCUUCACCGAUCAUUUGAGAUUAAGAAGUUGGAGAAUGUUGUUGACGUCGGCCAAGGAAGGAGAGCAAGGAUACUAGAUAAGACGCACAUCAACGAAUUAUGCUUGGAAUGGUCUUCAGCUGAUGAUGUGGUUCAAAACACAGAAACAGUAAGAGAUAUACUGGAGAGCUUGCAACCGCACAAUGACUUGAAAGUGUUGAAAAUCAAGGGAUACAAGGGUACAACAUUUCCAAAUUGGUUGGGGAACUUUGCCUACAACAAUAUGACAAGUGUAUCUCUGGUGUCUUGCAACAAUUGCUUCAAGCUGCCUUCACUUGGAGAGAUAACAUCUCUUAAGUCCCUGCGCAUUGAAAGGUUUGAUCAACUCAGGAGUAUUGGCAUGGAGUUUUACAAGAACGAAGGGGAUCACCAUUCUUCGCAUAUUCCACCAUUUCUCUCACUGGAGACAUUGGAAUUUCAUGAUAUGCCAUCUUGGGAGGAGUGGCACUUACCUGACUUUAAAACUUUUUCUCGACUCCAGAAGCUUCAAUUAAGAAACUGUCCAAUGUUAAAGGGAGACAUGCUUAAUGCCGUAUUCUCGAGGAUGGUUUCUUCUUUGUCGGAUGGUUUCAAAGUUCGCGAACUACAUAUGUUGGAAGUUCCAGAAGGAUGGAAUCGAGAGAUGAUACUUAUUGGCGAUACUUUAUCAAUUAAGGGAUGUGUGUCGGUGGUGGAUUCUGCGUUUAAGGCAAUGAGCAACAACCAUCUAAGUCACCUCCAAGAAAUACACAUCUCAGGGUGUUGGUCUGCUUUAUCCAUUCCGGGCAAUUCUUUACCCAGAUCUUUGCAAAAGUUGAAGAUCAUGGAUUGCAGAAAACUGGAAUUCCCCCAGCAACAGCCACAGCAGAAGUAUGAUUUGGUAGAGCUACAAAUUGAAGACAGCUGCCAUUCACUCACCUCAUUAUCAUUGGAUUCCUUUCCCAAUCUCAAGAAUCUCGAGAUAUCUUUGUGUCUGAAUCUGGAAUCAGUUUCAAUGUCAGAGCCACCGCACGCUGCUCUUCAACGUCUCACCAUCAAUGGAUGCCAUAAAUUAGUGUCAUUUGCCGGAGAAGGACUGGCUGCACCCAACUUGACUCAUCUCAGCAUCACAUAUUGUGACAAGUUGGAGGCAUUUCCGAGUCACAUGAAUACUCUUCUUCCAAGUUUACACUCUCUCUGCAUAGGAGCUUGCCGGAAAAUCUGUAAGGUGCCAGAGGGUGGCUUGCCGCCUAACUUGAAAGAGCUUGUUUUGGAAGGUAGUGACGAGCAAAUGAAGGAGCUAUCAUGGAUGGCCAACUUAGGCGCCCUCACUAAGCUUACUAUGGAUUUUUCUUGCGUGAGGUCAUGCACACAGGUUGGUUUGCUGCCUCAUCUUCCCUCCCUUACCACUUUGCACCUUUGUUACUUUCAAAAUCUGGAGACUUUGGAGUGCAACCAGCUUCUCGGCCUCACUUCGCUCCAACAAUUACACAUUUCAUAUUGUCCAAAGCUGGAGAAGAUGGAAGGAGAAAAGCUGCCUUCCUCUCUCUCACUACUCAAAAUUCAAGACUGUGAUUUGCUGGGAGAACACUGCAAGAACAAACAUGAACCAAUUUGGCCUAAAAUUUCCCACAUCCCCACCAUCGAAGUCAAUGGGCAACAAAUUUCUGAAUAGAGAUUUCUGACCAGGUUGGAGAAAUAUGCUGGGAGAGAAACUGCCUUCCUCUCUGUUAGUACUUCAAUUCAAGACUGUCGGUUGCUUGGAGAACACUGCAAGAAGAAGAGUUGCUGCUAAACUCUGUAUGAAGAUUUUCCAGGGGCAUGAAGAGAUGGGUAACUACUAGGGUCAACCUAAGGAUCUGCUUUCUUUAUGGAUUCCACCAUUAAAGUGUGCAUUAGGCAGCAAUUUCAACUUGGUGAGCAUAUCAUUUUCCUUUAUGUGAGCAAACACUUUUUGGGGUUCCUCUCUAAAUUCCCAUUAGUGUAUUAACCUCAUCAAGUGAACGAUCGAAUGGUCAAAUCUUUUCUUGUCUAAGUGGAGAUUCUUCACUCAUAGUACUUCAAUUUCGAGUUGUGGUUGUGAUCUGAGCUCUCAAGUCGAACUGCCAGAAAGUCUGUAAACAAGCAUCAUUGAUUUCAUUUUGUUGAUGUGUAUGUGUCCUUGUACAAGAGUUGUGUAUGUAUGCUUAUUAGUACUUCUAAGUUUUGAGACAUCUUUGUAGCUUUGAUUGGAUAAUAGUAUACCUUUAUACCUUCCUGUGGGUUUUUUUGAUUUCUCACAUUGAGAGGUUUUUUCCCACGUUAAA